AUGGCUUCUGCGACAACGGCCAACCAUGCCAUGAGCGUUGCAAAGAUGCGGGUUUCACAUGUGGUGGCUGCGGUGGUGUAUUUUGGAACCAGUGCUGGUGUUGCAACAACUCUUGUUAGUGCCAUCGCUGUUCGGCGAGACACGUUGUUGCUGUCUUGGAAUGAAACGAUUAAGUGA